AUGGAGUUAAUAUCAAGCAGAUAUUCUGUUGUGGACGGAUUCUUGAUUGCUAGCCAACAGAAUGGAACGAAAGUAAUUAUUGACCAUGAAACUUGUUGCUUGUCACUCAACAAGGCGGAGAAAGAUCUAAUAAGUGCAAAAAAAUUACGCGACCUUUCUCGAUACAGGAAAAGUAAAAGCAAGUUAGUUGCGUGUGAGUCCCAGCUACUAUUUGAGAUUGUGACCGCAGCCCCUCAAGUGUUUAUUCAGAACAGCAACUAUACUAGAGAAGCCAACAAAGGGAAUAAUAUAAAAUACACCCAAAGCCUGCUUGUUAUCCCUGCCUUUUUUUUCAGUGACGUUAAAAAGUAUUUUUUUUUCAGUCAGGGCAGUAAAGGGCUGCAGUUUCAAACUGGCGACACUCCAACAAGACCACUCGUUGAGGAAAGAGAGGACUUGUUCACUAACCUGGAACUGAAAAAGCCCAAGUUUUCAAUCCAUGAUCUGGACGUUUUAAGGUGCUAUAAAAUUGAUCAAGAUCUUUAUGCACAAGAGUGUUUUUCUCUUCUCUCCUUUUUUCAAACAAAAACAAAAAUGAGCAGCCAAGAUGUAUUGACCCUUGAAACCGCGCUCCCUAUAUUUGACAAAAACCUGAAGAAUUUUGAUCUUGAUCAUUGCAUUAUGAACAAGAUCACAGAUACUGUGGCUCUUCUUCACUUUGUGUUGGUUAAUAUUGGCAUUUUUUCAUUCGGGCAUUCGCCUUUUUUGGGAAAACUAAGUGGAGCACCGAUUCGUAGCCGGAUAGGUCGAUCCUAUAAUCUAGAAGUCAAAUCUAGGUAUCUGGGAAAGCUAUUUCAGAGUGAUAUACAAAGCUAUGAAAUGGACGGCUUAAUAUGCCUACUCCUUCAAAUUUUAGCUUUUCGAACAGAUGAAUACUCAGAUCCUAGCCAAAUCUUAGAAGUUAGAGAAGCUGGGGAUUUUUGCAACAGACUGGCUGCUCUUAUUAUUUGGAUUGGUUACGCAGUCUUUGCGGAAAGCGCUGACAGCGUGAUAUCCUCCGCUAAUUGUAAGCACAAUUCAAGCCUAAAAAGCUUGAUAAGAGUUUACCAAAAAGUCAAGGCACAGUGCGAUACUUAA